AUGAGCAUGGUCAUCCCGAGGGUGAUCUACAUGCUCGUAUCCUCUUGCCAUCCAAGAGCCGAUCGACACCAUCAUCCUCAAUCCUCCAACACGCCUUUGCCGUCUACCCGCAACCAUCAAGACGGGUCAAACCACCAAGACGAGUCAAGCACUGUGCUGGAACGAUGCCAAGCGCUCGAACCAACCAUACGCAAUCUCAGCGAUGAGAUGCGCUCCUACUACCAAAGCAUUACCCAGUCGCUGCACUGGCUUGACGAUGUGAUCCACCGCAUCGACCCUGCAGCCGCUCGUGCUGCAUCCGCCACAAAUCCCCCUCUGGUGCCGCUCGAGACCUCCUCUCACAGAGGCGGAGGUGGUCCCAAACGAGACAGGGCACUGCAGAAGCCGUUCCGAGAUAGGCUUCGUCAUCAAAUCGUGAAUGGGCUUGCAGCCACGGGACUCUCUCCCGCCCUUUGA